AUGUCCGCGCAACAAUUUGCAAAAGAUCAGCCUGAAGGCUUCUCUAACCGCAUCGAAAGAGUUGCCAUUGUCGGAGCCAGUGGCCGACAAGGCGCCCAGAUAACCGAGCAACUCCUCAAGACUCGAAAACACGCCAUCACUGCCCUGACUCGCAUCGGCAGUGCUUCGAAGUUUUCAGAUAAGAUUCAGACUAUUCCUGUCGAUUAUGAAAAUGAAGUAUCCGUCGCAUCGGCUCUCAAGGAUCAACAGCUUCUCAUCAUUACCCUCGCCGUCAAUGUCGACCCCGAAGUCCAUCAUCGCAUCGUCCGUGCAGCUGGAAAAGCCGGCGUCCGCUACAUCAUCCCCAACAUCUACGCUGCGAAUGUGGUCAUUGAGAACCAAGGUUCCGUUGACGAUUUCUUCCCGGCUGCACCGCCAAUCAAUCUCCUCAAAGAAAUCGAGCGCGUUGGUGUCAGCUCUUGGAUCCUUCUCGUGGGAGGCGUCUGGUUCGACUACAGCCUCCCUUCCGGAGAGUCUUUCAUGGGCUUUGACAUCGACAACCGCAAGGCUACGUUAUUUGAUGACGGCGAAGCAAAGAUAAACACUAGCACUUUGGCUCAGUUUGGUUGUGCCGCUGCUGCCAUUGCCAACCUCAAAGAGUUCCCGGACAAUGAGGCCGAUGAAUCCCUGAGUAUCUCUCAAUUUCGAAACAAACCUGUGUAUCUCUCGAGCUUUUAUGUCAGCCGGAAGGAUGUUCUGAAAAGUAUUCAGCGAGUCACAAGCACAACAGAUGCAGACUGGGCGAUAAAGUAUGAGAGCAGCGCUGAGCGAAUUGAGAAUGGCAAGGCGAUGGGGAGAUCUGGUAAUAUCAUGGGACUUGUGCAGGCUUAUUACUCCUUCAUCUUCUCACCCGAGGGUCAGAAGCUGAAGACCCAAGACAAGCUACACAACGGACUGCUUGGGCUUCCGGUGGAGGACUUGGAUGAAGUGGUCAAGGAUUGCGCCGAGAAGGCGGAGAAUAAAUUUAGACCACUGUGA